CAACCCAUCUAGACAGCUCUUGGAAAAAACAAGCUUUUCGGAGGGGGGGAGAGAAAGAGAAAGAGAUUUCUCUCGCCGCUGUGGGAAUUUCUUUUCUUUCUUCACAAAAAUUUCCACCGGAAAUCGUCGAAGGAAAAGCUUUCCGCAGUAGCGUGGAGUUGAUCUCCGAUCAAGAAUUCAUUCAGAAAAAAAAGAAAAGAAAAAAACAAUGGCUCGCUCUUUCUCCAACGCUAAGGUUCUCUCUGCUGUUGUCUUCGAUGGAAUCUCGAACGCGAUCUACAGACGAGGAUAUGCGGCUGCAUCACAAGGAGUUGUCUCGAGUGUAGCGAGAGGAGCAGGAGGAGCAGCAAGAAGCGGCACGGUGGUGAAGAAAACAGGGGAGCAGAUGGCGCCGUCCGGAGAGAAGGUGUCGUGGGUACCGGAUCCAGUCACCGGAUGCUACAGACCGGAGAACACCGCUAACGAGAUCGACGUGGCCGAGUUACGAGCCACGCUUUUGAAGAAGCACUGAAAAAUUCGCACAUAAAAAAUAAAAAGAAAAAAUCAAAAUCAAACCAUCUCUUUUGCUGUUCUCUACUACAAUGAUGGAUCUUGAAAAAUCGGUGCUUCUAUUGGUUCCCCGGAGGCCAUCGGUGCCUUUUUCUUAAGGUAUUGAAGAUUUAGGAGAUUAUUAUUAUUAUUAAUAUAUAUUAACUUAAAUUAGAUGGGAAAAUUGUUAUAGCUUCUGCUUCUCUGUCCUCUCUAGGCUUUGUGUGCUGGGGACAACCAAAACUUAUGAUGUAAUAAUGAAUACUGCCUGUUCUCUGGCUCCUUAUAAUAGAAUUUGAGCAAUUAGUAAAUUAUUUGUAACGGUUUCUUUUCUUUUGCUUUAGUUUUUUUUUUUUAUAUAUAUAAUAAGAAGCAAUUGUUUUUUUCUUUUUUAAUUUUAUUUUACUUGCACCUCAUGAAAUUGAAUCUCAGAUUUUUUAUUUUGAGAGAAAGACUUACUUUAUUCACAUGCUUUACCGUUUUUUUUACAGAUUUUUUUAAUAAGUAUAAUUUCAGGGUAGGGAUGGAAUGGAAUAAGGAAUUUAAAUUAAUUAUUUUAAUACAGUUGAUAGUUAAUAAUUAAUAUUUACGCUCGAAAUGCUGGAGUUUGCACACCUUCACCAGUUGGCCCCUAGCACCAGUUGCAAGUUCUGU